CCGCGAUGUUUUUGUUGUGAAUGGGGAACAUGGCAAGUAAAGACAGAUUAAAGGCCAGACAAAGGUUGCUUUAAGAGAACCAUGAUGAACUUUGAUGGAUUGGACCCUGGGAUGGGUGAGUAUCCCCCUGCCCUCCAUGGAGCACUGGAAGCGGGCAUAGAGCCGUCCAUGGACCCUCACCUGAAUCCCACCCUGAUGGGGCCUGGCGUUGAAUUGGACCCAGAGGCGCUGGCUGUGGCCGUGCCCGAGACAGUCCACCUGGUCGAGGGCAUGUUCUCGGAGCUCCACAGUGUUGUGUCAGAAGUGGGCAUACCCGUCACUGCCACCCAUUUCGAUCUGCAGGAGGAGAUGCUUUGGAUGGGCAAUCAUAGAGGUCAUGCCACAUCUUUCUUUGGUCCAACGAUGGGGCGAUACUCAUCUUUUCAAGUGCAUGCAUCAGAUGAUAUACGGCACAUUCAGAGCCUGGAGACAGGGGUCCUGUUUCUAUCCAAAAAUGACCUCAAAUGCUGCACCCGAGGAGGCAUAGUUAUGUUUGAUUAUCCGAUGGAGGAGGGAGCGGACAUGCACAGUCUCCUCAUGACAGACAACAAUACUGUUCUUAUGGGAGGACUACAAAAUUAUGUGGUUGAAGUUGAUUUAAAUACAGUUCAAGAGACACAAAAGUUCACUGUCGAGGUCCCUGGCGUUGCAAUAAUGAGACAGACAAGUCGAUUUUUCUUCUGUGGACACACCUCUGGCAAAGUCACUCUUCGGGAUUUGCGUAGCUUUAAAACAGAGCAUGAGUUUGACGCCUUCUCUGGGAGCCUGUCUGAUUUCGACGUCCAUGGAAACCUGUUAGCAGCCUGUGGGUUUUCGAGUCGCGGUCUGAAUGGUUUGGCGUGUGACCGUUUCCUGAUGGUUUACGAUCUCAGAAUGAUGAGAGCAGUGACCCCACUGCAGGUUCACAUCGACCCCCUGUUUCUGCGCUUCAUCCCCACCUAUACCUCCCGCCUGGCCAUCAUCUCACAGACAGGCCAGUGCCAGUUCUGCGAGCCCACCGGUUUGGCAAACGUGGCCGACAUCUUCCACGUGAACACGGUGGGGCAGCUACUCAUGAGUUUUGAUGUUUCGUCUAGUAAACAGGCGCUGGCGUUCGGAGACUCGGGAGGCUGUGUGCACCUCUGGUCGGAUGCUCCGGAGGUCUCAUUCAAUGAUUAUUCCAGAGAAACAGAAUUUGCAUUGCCGUGUAUUGUGGACAGUCUGCCACAGCUGGACUGGAACCAUGAUCUCCUGCCUCUGUCCCUGAUCCCAACCCCUCUGACCUCAGCAGAGCCUCUGCUGUCAGACUGGCCCCCUGCCCUUGCAACACCUUGUCCAAGGCGUGCCCCUCCUGUUGACCCAGAGAUUUUACGCACAAUGAAGACUGUCGGGUUCAUUGGAUAUGCUGCCAAUCCUCGCACUCGUCCACGCAACCAGGUGCCAUACAAAAUCAAAGACGUGGAGCAGGAUUAUGACAGCUAUAACCAGGUUCCUGAGUCUCCGAUCGGCCGUGAUGAGGAGCCCCACCUGUACAUGGUCCCCAAAAAAUUCAGAAAGGUCACAAUCAAAUACUCUAAACUGGGACUGGAGGAUUUCGACUUCAAACAUUACAACCGAACCCUCUUUGCAGGUCUGGAGCCUCACAUCCCAAAUGCCUACUGCAACUGCAUGAUCCAGGUGUUGUAUUUCCUGGAGCCAAUCCGCUGCCUGGUGCAGAAUCACCUGUGUCAGAAAGAAUUCUGUUUGGCCUGUGAACUUGGCUUCCUCUUCCACAUGUUGGACUUGUCAAGAGGAGAUCCCUGCCAGGCCAGUAACUUCCUGCGGGCGUUCCGUACAAUCCCGGAAGCAUCUGCUCUGGGCCUCAUUCUGGCCGACUCGGAUGAGCAGACCGGAAAGGCUCGUCUCGGACGUCUGAUCCAGAGCUGGAAUCGUUUCAUCCUCACUCAGCUGCACCAAGAGACACAGGAGCAGGAGGGACCACAGGCCUACAGAGGGACCAGCAGUGCUCUGGGCUCAUCUGGGGAGUCGGUCAUUGGUAAACUGUUUGGUUGUGAGGUGGAGAACAGCAGUCUGUGUCGCUGUGGUAAAGAGACAGUGCGCUCCUCUCUCACUCUGCUCUUCACAAUGCACUACCCCGAACACAACUCACAAGAUAAGGUAAAGGAAUAUGAUUUUGCUGAAAUUCUAAAGAAGAGUAUUUGUCUGGAGCAGAGCACUCAAGCGUGGUGUGAGAACUGCGAAAAAUACCAACCCACGGUUCAAACUCGAAACAUCCGGUGCCUCCCUGAUGUCCUGGUCAUAAACUGUGAAGUGAACAGUGCCAAAGAGGCAGAGUUUUGGAGAGUCCAGGCUGAGUACGCUUUUAACAAGGCCAUGCAGAAAGAGGCGAGUGAGCCGCCCAAACCCAAAGACCCCCCGCCCCCCUUGCCGACAGAGUGGUGCCUCGAUGCAGAGGAGGUGUGCAGUCUGGAGGGCUUCAGCUUCGACACUCGAGCUGAGGACCUGAGACACGUAUGGAUCCCUCUGACUCUGAAAAUGUGUAUCAGUAAAACACAAGGUCUGGAGAUCAGCAGCUGGAACGAGACAGAGGAGUUGAGUGCAGAAGAGGAGGCGGAGGGGGCGUCUCUGUACGAUUUGGUGGUGACAGUGCCUCACAUUCUUGACGCUCGAACCGGAGGAAACCUGGUAGCUCACAUCAAAGUGGGAGAGACCUACCACCAGAGGAAAGAGGGCGUGACACAUCAGCAGUGGUACCUUUUCAACGAUUUUCUAAUAGAACCAAUUGAUAAGACUGAAGCUGUGCAGUUCGACGUGAGCUGGAAAGUGCCUGGGAUCCUUUAUUACUCCAAGAGGAACUACCACACGAAAUAUGACCUCCGCAUAAAGAACCCCAUAGACGCGAGUGUGCUGCUGACCGAGGCAUCUUUGGCUCGUAAACAGAGGAAAACUCACGCCACCUUCAUCCCUCUGAUGGUCAGUGAAAUGCCCCAGGCCGGAGACCUGGUCGGGCUGGAUGCUGAGUUUGUCACGCUCAACCAGGAGGAGGCAGAGCUGCGCAGUGACGGCACUAAAUCGACCAUCAAACCCAGUCAGAUGUCCGUGGCCCGGAUAACCUGCGUCAGAGGCCAGGGUCCCAACGAGGGUGUGCCUUUUAUAGACGAUUAUAUCUCCACCCAGGAGCAGGUAGUUGACUAUCUGACGCAGUAUUCAGGCAUUAAACCUGGAGACCUGGACGCAAAGAUCUCGUCCAAACACCUGACCACCCUGAAGUCCACGUAUCUGAAGCUGCGGUUCCUUAUAGACACUGGGGUCCGGUUUGUUGGUCACGGGCUACAGAAGGACUUUAGAGUUAUCAACUUAUUUGUUUUGAAAGACCAGGUUAUAGACACUGUUCACUUGUUUCAUUUGCCUCGAAAGAGGAUGAUUUCACUGAGGUUCCUCGCCUGGUACUUCCUGGACCUGAACAUCCAGGGGGAAACCCAUGACAGCAUAGAGGACGCGCGCACGGCUCUGCAGCUCUACAGAAAAUACCUGGAGCUGAGUCGAGGAGGGGGAUCAGACGAUGUGAGGAAAAUCCUGAAAGGGCUGUACGAGAAAGGCCGGCAGCUGGAUUGGAAAGUCCCAGAGACUGAGACUGGAGGAGAGGGCCAAGGUGCAGCAGUGUUCCCCUCAGUGAUGGGAAUGUAACUUCAGACUGACGAGAAAUGACCUCGAGGCUCUUUUUACCGGAAAUGUAGAGAACCAGCUGAGUAUAACACAUUCAGUACUGGUUUAACUUGUUUUUUCCAGGUAGUACAAUAACAAAUUUGAAUGUUACAAUUACAGUGAAACAGUAACAGUGAAAUUCCUCAUUCUCUUUCAUUAAUUGUCCAAGAGUCAGAUCCUCAUUCCUCUAGCAUGUGAUCAGCUUUAUGAAAUCAAACUUCCUGAAUGUGACAGCCACAUAGGAAUAGAUUCAAAUAAAAUUAGCUUCUGAAAUUGUCACAAUAAUAAUUGUUUAAUUCUUACGAUUAUAUUGUGACCUGAAAAUAACCUUGAUUAUUGAUUAACUGAAUGUUUUUGGCAUUCCCGGCAUCAUGCCGUUCAACUGAUUGUUUUACUGUAAGGUAAGUCAUUUACCUCAGUCAGUUGACAUCUGGUAGAGAAAUGUGUAUCACCAGCAUUUUGUCAUUUGAUGCUCAGUUAGCAACAUGUAAAAAAUGUAUAAUUUUUCAUCAUAAUGUGAGUGUGUUUUACUCAGUGGUCAGCUCUAUAUUUCAGUCUAGGAGGAAAACAUGUUUAGUGUUGGUCACAUGUACAGUUUAUACAAUGUGUUAUUUUUUUUUAAGAUGAAUAGUAUUUUCUAUCAUGUUCUGUGCUUGUUAUAAAUAAUAAAAGACCUAAAGUUC